CGUAUGAAUUUUCCAGCUUCCCAAAUUCCAAAACCCUCUCUAUUUUUCAUCCGAGCUUUUCCUUCCACACCCGCUUUCCGCCGCCAUUCAUGCCUUCUUCGAAAAGUUUAUAAUCUUCAUACCCAUGCAUAGAUUUAAUACUCAAUAAUCUCCACAUAUAUCAGAUUUUAGGGCUCGCAUACAAGUCUGCAGGCGAUUAAACGCGGAAAACCCUUCUGAUUCGUUCCGGUGAGGUUGGCGAGUAGAAAGUCAGGGCGGAUGGCAGGAGGUAUUUCAUCCAAGGCGAAAGGGAACGUUCCCGGUGUCAGGAUCGUCGUCGCCGGUGAUCCUAAGACCGGUAAAUCCAGUUUAAUUCUGACGGCCGCUACUGAGUCCUUUCCGGCCAGUGUCCCCGCUGUAUUGCCCCCUACACGGCUUCCCGAUGACCUCUUCCCCGACCGUGUUCCUGUUACCAUCAUCGAUACAUCGUCCAGGACAGAAAACAGAAAUAAACUUUUUGAGGAAAUGAAGAGAGCUGAUGCGGUCGUGCUAACGUAUGCAUGCGAUAAGCCUGCUACCCUUGAUCGGUUGAGCACAUACUGGCUGCCUGAACUUCGUAGAUUAGAGGUCAAGGCCCCUGUCAUUGUUGUGGGUUGUAUGCUUGACAUGAGGGAUGAUCAGCAGGCUAUUAGUUUGGAGCAGGUUAUGUUGCCCAUAAUGCAACAAUUCAGGGAGAUCGAAACAUGUAUUGAGUGCUCUGCAUACAAACUAAUUCAGGUUUCUGAAGUUUUCUACUACGGACAAAAGACUGUUCUGCACCCAACUGCUCCACUGUUUGAUCAGGAAGCUCAAACUUUAAGACCAAGAUGUGUGAGAGCUUUGAAACGAAUUUUCAUUCUUUGCGACCAUGAUAGGGAUGGAGCCCUUAAUGAUGCUGAGUUGAAUAACUUUCAGGUCAAAUGUUUCAAUGCUCCAUUGCAACCUUCAGAAAUAAUGGGGGUUAAGAAAGUGGUGCAAGAUCAAAUGCCUGAAGGAGUCAACAGUCGUGGUCUUACGUUGACAGGUUUUCUCUUUCUCCAUGCCUUGUUUAUUGAAAAAGGACGCUUGGAGACAACCUGGACUGUACUGCGCAAAUAUGGAUACAACAAUGAUAUCAGACUUAACGAGGAUCAACUUCCUCCUCCCAUUAAAAGGCAUCCAGACCAGAGCGUCGAAUUGACAGAUGAGGCUGCGGAGUUUCUCAAGAAUGUUUUUGUCACAUUUGACGAUGAUGAAGAUGGAGCUCUUCAAUCCAGUGAUCUUGAUAAUAUGUUUUCAGUGGCACCUGAAAAUCCCUGGAGUGAAGCUCCAUACAAAGAUGCGGCCGAGAAGGAUGCUUUGGGAGGACUCUCACUUGAUGGGUUUAUAUCACUGUGGAAUCUCAUGACACUUCUUGAUCCAAUGGCUGCGGUGGAACAUAUUAUAUACCUUGGAUAUGCAGGUGAUCCUUCAUCUGCUAUCCGUGUCACUCGAAGAAGGCGCUUAGAUCGGAAGAAGCAGCACUCAGAUAGAAAUGUGUACCAGUGUUUUGUUUUUGGGCCAAAAAAAGGAGGAAAAUCUGCAAUUUUGAAUUCCUUUGUUGGAAGGCCUUUCUCCGAAGAAUACGAAUCAAAUGCUGAUGACAGAUACACAGUUAAUGCAGUCCGUCUGCCUGGGGGUGGUAAGAAAACUCUAGUCUUGCAUGAGGUUCCCAAUGAUGGUGUGCAAAAGCUUCUCUCUGCAAAAGAUGCUUUAGCCGCAUGUGACGUUGCAAUAUUUGUCCAUGACAGUUCUAGUGAGCCCUCGUGGAAGAGAGCAUCUGAAUUGCUUGUAGAAGUUGCUAGUAAUGGGGAGGCCACUGGCUAUGAGAUCCCUUGUCUCAUUGUGGCAGCUAAAGAUGACCUUGACCCUUAUUUGACUGAAAUACAAGAUUCAACAAGGGUUAGCCAGGAUAUGGGCAUCGAAGCUCCCAUACCAAUAAGUGCGAAGCUUGGUGAUUUCAGUAAUUUGUUCCAAAGGAUUGUGAAUGCAGCUGAGCGUCCGCAUCUGAGCAUUCCGGAAACUGAAGCUGGCAGAAGUAGGAAGCAGUAUCACAGGCUUGUCAACCGCUCUCUCAUGUUUGUGUCUGUCGGGGCGGCAGUAGCUGUUGUAGGCCUUGCUGCUUACCGCGUUUAUGCUGCUAGGAAGAGCAGUGGCCACUCUAGCUGAUGAAAAGGCGGAAGGGGGCGAUGGAUAAUGUAACUUCAAACUCUGCUGCUGUUCUUCACCCAUGAUUCUUUGCUGUGAAACUUUCAUAAUCAGAUCUGACAUUCUAUACAGUUCCCCUUUUUCUAGCAGGCUUCAAUUUGGUUGCUUGCCCUUUUCUAGCCUGCAGGUAGAAGAUUGUGAAAUCAAUGCAUGUUUGUGUUGGCUUUUUCCUAUGAAAAAAAUAGAAUCUUUGUGAUAGAUGUUUAAUCCACUGAAAUUAUGACCUAAUAUAGCAAGAACAAUGAAUCUCAAGAAUAUUGAGAUGACAUGAAUAAAGCUUGGGUACACCAAAUUCUACCCCGGCUUGUACGCUAGUCUUUCCUGUACCUCGCACAUCUUACUUAUUCUCAAUUUUUUUUUAAAUCUACACCAAGAGAUGUGUGUGAGGAGAUGACUAGGGUACAAGUUUG